ACCAUCUCCUGCCAAACCCUAAUUGUGUGUGCACUUUUUUUUCUUCCCAAUCUGACGGAGAACCAUUUGUUCUGGAGGAGAAGGAGACGAUGACGGCGCCGGCUUUGCUGCAUUGAGAAAGUGGAGGGAAGAAGCCGGGAAACUAAGAAGAAACUAUGCCGUCUCUGUGGAUACUCUUUAUAUUUUCCUGGCUCACUGCAGCGACCCCAGCACUCAGCCAGAGUGGAGAUGGGGCCUGGGGCUCUGGCAUGGCUGAGGACAAUGAGACAUCUCCGGUGACAGCAGGAGAUGAACCUCAGCGAACUGGCAGCAGCAUCUGGACAGCAGCGGCGACGCCGUCCCCUACACUGAUCCACCACCCUCACCCUCAGAACAAGUGCUCACUUCACUUCAGCACAUGCGGCACCACGGCUCGGAGCCUCGGGGAGCAGAGUGAAGAGAUGGCCCACCUGCGGGCCCUUCAGAACGGCAACUCUGAGGUGAUGGAGAACCUGGUGCAGGUGGUGGGGGAAGAGCUGGGAGAUCGACGCUACGAGGACGUGAUCAAGGAAAACAUCGUCGGCGCCCAGGAAGAGCAGAAGAGCUGUCAAGAGGUUCUGGAGAAGGCUGAGGAGGAUCUGAAGAAGCAGCUGGAGGGAGAGGUGCUGGACACCCUUGCUGGCAUGCACAAAAUCAAAGAAGAGUCGUCCUCCAUCGAAGAGAUGAUCCGUGCUGCAGCAGACAUCGCCGCUCGUCUGGAGAGCUCAUCGCAGCAGCUGCACGCGUCGUUCACAAAACCCCUCAGAGACUCCGUCAAAAUACACGGCUGACACAUCAACUUUAUCAUGUCUCACAUGGACACUCACUGAAUUGCUGAAUAAAAUCCGGCAAGGGGAUAAAACCAUGGCGCUUCAGAAAGCCCCCUGCUGGAACACUGGCGUCAUAACACUUCACUAUUGGUGGGGCAAAAUCUUGAAUUUUCUUCCACCAACUGCCACAUUCUCACUUCUGUUUAGUUCCAGCUAACCAAUUUUAAUGUUCUUAAACAUGAAUAUGAACAAAAUGAAACAUCUAG